GGCCGCCCGCGGAGCCCCAGCCGAGCCGAGCCGGGCCCGGAGCGCCGGGUCCCAGCGCCCGCAGCCAUGCCGGCCGGCCCCGCCGCGCGCACCUGUGCGCUGCUCGCCCUCUGCCUCCUGGGCAGCGGGGCCCAGGAUUUCGGGCCGACGCGCUUCAUCUGCACCUCGGUGCCUGUGGACGCCGACAUGUGCGCCGCGUCCGUGGCCGCCGGCGGCGCCGAGGAGCUCCGGAGCAACGUGCUGCAGCUCCGCGAGACCGUGCUGCAGCAGAAGGAGACCAUCCUGAGCCAGAAGGAGACCAUCCGCGAGCUGACCACCAAGCUCGGCCGCUGCGAGAGCCAGAGCACGCUGGACGCGAGCGCGGGCGAGGCGCGGGCGGGCGGCGGCCGCAAGCAGCCCGGCUCGGGCAAGAACACCAUGGGCGACCUGUCUCGGACGCCGGCCGCCGAGACGCUCAGCCAACUCGGGCAAACUUUGCAGUCGCUCAAAACCCGCCUGGAGAACCUCGAGCAGUAUAGCCGGCUCAAUUCCUCCAGCCAGACCAACAGCCUCAAGGAUCUGCUGCAGAGCAAGAUCGAUGACCUGGAGAGGCAGGUGCUGUCUCGGGUGAACACCCUGGAGGAGGGCAAGGGGGGCCCCAGAAACGACACGGAGGAAAGAGUCAAGAUCGAGAGCGCCCUGACUUCCCUGCACCAGCGGAUCAGCGAGCUGGAGAAAGGUCAGAAGGACAACCGCCCCGGAGACAAGUUCCAGCUCACAUUCCCGCUGCGCACCAAUUACAUGUACGCCAAGGUGAAGAAGAGCCUGCCCGAGAUGUACGCCUUCACCGUGUGCAUGUGGCUCAAGGCCACGGCGGCGCCGGGGGUGGGCACGCCCUUCUCCUACGCGGUGCCCGGCCAGGCCAACGAGCUGGUCCUUAUCGAGUGGGGCAACAACCCCAUGGAGAUCCUCAUCAAUGACAAGGUGGCCAAGCUGCCCUUCGUAAUCAACGACGGCAAGUGGCACCACAUCUGCAUCACCUGGACCACCCGGGAUGGGGUCUGGGAGGCCUACCAGGAUGGCACCCAGGGCGGCAACGGCGAGAACCUGGCACCCUAUCACCCCAUCAAGCCACAAGGCGUGCUGGUGCUGGGCCAGGAGCAGGACACUCUGGGUGGCGGGUUUGAUGCCACCCAGGCGUUCGUGGGCGAGCUGGCCCAUUUCAACAUCUGGGACCGCAAGCUGACCCCGGGGGAGGUGUACAACCUGGCCACCUGCAGCACCAAGGCCCUCUCCGGCAACGUCAUCUCCUGGGCCGAGUCCCACAUCGAGAUCUAUGGUGGCGCCACCAAGUGGACAUUCGAAGCCUGUCGCCAGAUCAACUGAGGCCCCGGCCCGGCCGGGCCCGGCCCCGCCCGCCCCCUGCUUGUGCGGUGAUGACCCGUCGUCUCUUCUUCUCUCCUGUCCCCAGGAAUGGCUCCGGGCUGUCGCCCUCGCCCUCGUGCACGCGCACACAGCCUGGUCUCGUCCUCGUGCGCCCUGAAGCGGGCACCGUUUCUCAGGCGUGUUCCGUUCACCGCUAACGCCGGCGGCUGCGACAUUUUGAACAAUGCACACGUAGGUGAGAGGGCCCGUGUGUGUGUGUGUGUGUGUGUGUGUGUGUGUGUGUCUGAGUGUCCACAAGGGUUGAAAAGGAGGUAUGCCAUUUCUUCUUUCUCUGUGGCUUUGGGAAAACUCCCGACUGGUCCGGUAUCUGUAUUCGCCAACUUUGGUGGCUGCCCACGUGCCUUGGGGCUGGUGCGGCUUCCGCAAUGCGUUUGUCUUUGCGAACCUUUUUCAGAGCGACCUAUCUCUAUAUUGAUAAAAUAAAUGUCUUUUAGCAGCUUGUUAAAGGCCGGGAGCUCGGACAGAUUUUUAUUUUGCUGUAGAAGUGGUUUCUCUCUGAAGGCUUGAAGGCAGACAGUGUCCUGUGAUGGCGCCAUGUGCUCAAGGGGGCAGAGGAGGUGGGACCAGCCUCCGGAUGUGGGCACAUACCCCCACCCUCCCAGUGCCCACCCUGCUGCUGGCAUCUGACGGCAGCACUGGGCCCGGGAAGCUGGCCUGCAUGCCCAGCUUGGCCGGUUCUGGCCCGCAUCCUCAGCCUCCCACCUCCUCGCCUUCUGCGAGGCGGGUUCCAUCCUCCACUCCAGCGGCCAGCGGGUGCCCCUCAGAGUGGAGCGGCCCACUCAGAGCCCAGGAAGCGGGGACUCCUGGACAGCCCCCCUUUGCCUCUGGCAGGGGGUCAGCUCGAGAGCAGACCUUUUCCAUCAGGAAACCCAAACUCUAGGACCACAGGGCCACUGAGACAAAGCCGGCCAGUCGGCCGGCAGGUCCGUGGUGACUCCGACAGCCAUAUCCUUCCCCAACCCCCAGGCCCAGGCGAGCUGGUUCGGGGAGUCCUCCAAGGGGGCAGGGCCUCCAGAGACCUCUCAUGAGGAGCCAGGCCUGGCUUACAGGGCUCAAGUCCUGAAGCAGCCCCCAACCUGGCACCAACUGGUGAUGCUGAGAUGCAACCGGUUUCCAGAAGCUUUGACUUUUUACCCCCAUGAAAAACCAUGUGUAUCUCUUAGUCUUUCCAAGGCGAGAAAAGUGUGUGUAUGUGUGUAUGUGUGUGUGUGUAUGUGCGCGCGUGUGCACAUGUAAGUGUGUCAGAUGAGAGAAGAAGAGCACUCAGACGGAUCAGCUUCCUGCUGGGUUGCAUCAUCUGGGGUCGCACACCCUGAGGGCAACCUGGACUCUGUCGUGGAGUCUAAUUAGCAAAAGGCUGGCACGUCUUUCUAGAAAUUCUUCUGCACUGCCUGGCUCAUCUACAGCUGCAGACAUUUCUUCAGGAGGAGCAGGUGUUUCGUCUUCUGUUCCUUCCGGGGGCACCUGUCUCCUUAAGCGCAGGUCCCUGUCGUGUCGGAAACCUCGUGCAUCUGUGUGUCUGUGUCGGUGUCCGCGUGGGUGUCUGCACGGCACCCAGUCGCUGUUCUGCCACGCAGCGCUCCCGAGCUCCUGAGCGGGGGGUGCGGCUGAGGCACCGGGCUGCGUGUUGUGGUUCACCAGUGGCUUUUUUGAGACCGUUGUGCUUCAUCAGAGCCCGUCGGGCCGUGGCCUCUGUGGGUCUGCAGGGAUCUUCUCUGUAUGCAUGUUCCUCGGGGUGGCGUGUCCCUUGCUUCCUCAGUCCAGUGUGCGUUCCCCUGCCUGCAUGAACUUCUCUGGUUCUGUGUCGUGUGCGAGUGCCACCCAUUGUUCUGUGACAUCCAUGUAGCUACCGGAAAUGGCUGGGAAGGCAAGCCAGGGGUGUGGGCCGGGGGCGAGGGGCGACGGCUGCCCUCCCCUCCCCACCCCCAAACACACCAAGAGGUAUGUUUACCGUGUAGGUGGAGAGCAGGCCUGACAGCGCCCGAGCUCGGGCGAGAGCAAGCGCGGAACCCCCUCUAGACAGAUCAGCCCACCCUCACUGCGGCCACCUCGGAGCUGCAGGCGAGGCCCAGAGCUGCCAGGUGCUCUCCCCGUCGCCGGCACCUCCCACCAGCCCCUGCCGAGCUAUCGAGCUAUGGGCCCCAGACCACCCUGUGCCCCAGGGGGCGCGGUGGGAUCUGUCCUUUCAGGACCACAAGCCAUCCUCUGCCCUGACUAGAGACGGGCAGAGCUCACCCCAGAUGCUUGCGCCCUUCGGCCCCCCUCCCCUGAGACACCCGUGGUGCCAGGGACAGAAGCUGAUGUUUAACACCCCCCCCCCAACCAAACACGCACUGGAGCCUGUGCCAAGCCCCUGACUCCCUCACUGUGUUAACUCCUGGCCCUUGGCCGGCAGCCCUGAGAAAGGUAAUGACACAGCCGUCCAUCUAAUCACAUAGUUUCUAACUACUCCUUAAUCUGAUUGAUGUUCCCUCUUGCACUGAAUAAUACAUGCCUAUCUCAGGUAAGCCAUUUUAUAAAACACGGAGACAAAAACGCACUGUCGAGGCAGUGUUUGCUUUGCCGAGCUGGUGUCCCGCAGCUCCCCGUGCGUCCGAGGCGGGAGGGCUGCCCACACGGCUCUCCAGGCCCUCGGGGAUCAGAUCCCACUUGAGUCGGAAGCCUUCUUGCUUUUGAUAACACAGUAUUAUUUCUCUUACUCUAGAAGAAAAAGUUUAUUACCAAACAAGAGUAUUUUUAUGAAAGAAAAGGACAAACCUAUAAAUCAACUCAACCUAUAUCUCCCUUGAAAAUACCUUCAGGCUCCGCCAAAACGUAGCACUCGAAGCAUGUAUUUUGGAAGAAAGAGGUACAUUUUGUAUGCUUUCUGUUCCUUUUGUAGAUUCACAGUUUAUUUUCUAAGACUGCAAAGAUCACUCUGUCACCAGCCCUGGGACCUGAGACCGAGGGGGUGUCUCGUGGGCAGUGAGGGGGAGGGAGAGGCUGGCAUGAGUGUCACAGUCAUUCCAAUGAGCUCCCAAGAGGGGCCGCCUGUUCCCAGAGGCCUACUGGGGACAGGAUGUACAUUUACGGUGGCCCCCCCGUCUCGGAGCUGACUUCUAAAGUGGAAGGAGUUGAGGACCUGCUGAUCAGUUCCGACCCUGAUAGAAAAAGCUAGGGUUCCGAAUCGCAAGCACCGCGAGGAGAGUAGCCUUUGUAAUCUUGCGGCAAAACCAGAAUGUGGCUUAAAGCCGUCAUGGUGUCAUCUCUUAAAACACAGCGUGUAAACUUAUUCAGCGAACGAUGGGAAAUGCAUCCUCCCAUGCACGGUGGACGUAAGUGCCACUCGUUGAAGAGGAACAAGUCACUGAGGAGAAAAAAGCCCAAUCCUUAGAGUCCCAAUUUUGUCUUAUUUGCCAAAAAAAGAAAAAAGUCCACGAGGACAACAGAGCAACCCCCCUAUGGUUGAUGUCGUUAUCCUGUAUAUACUGUAUCAUAGCAAAGAGAAUUGACGUAUCUUACUUUUUCAUUAUUUGCUAACCAAAGCUGUACAUUUUUCAUAUGAUCUGCAGCCUUGUGGGUAUCUAAUGGGUCAAAACCAUGGGACCUGCCACCUCCCAUCAGCAAUUCUGGAAAUGCACUAUUUCUACUGGUAUUCUUGCUUUUUUCUUUUUUCUUUUUUUUCAUUUUCUUGCUGAAAUGACAUGAAUUGUGGAGUUUAUUUUUACACAGUAAAGAGUGAAGAAAGAC